GUCAAAGUUUUCCUUUCUAGAACGUGCUAUAGUUCAUUAUCAUCCAUAACCCAGAAUAAUGCAGCAAGGCUACUUCGCAGCACAGCAGCCCAUGCUCCCGCCUGGGUGGCAGCUUGCGUACACGCCGGACGGGAAGCCGUACUACAUCGACCAUAAUACGAAAACAACGCACUGGACAAUGCCUUCCACCGCCUUCGAGUCGUACUACGGCGGGCGCGCCACUCGCCCUGGAUAUCGUGGAGGACGAACGGGUAUCGAUAAGACCAAAAUGAAGACGAAGAUGUGCAUUUAUUGGGAAAAAAACGGAACAUGCGCGUGGGGGGAUCGUUGUGCGUUCGCCCACGGGACGGGGGAUCUUCAUAAUGUUUCGAGUCAGCCAACCCCAGGCACCACACCAGGUACGUAUUGAGACCUUUUUCUUCACUAUUCUGUCCAACCAAAUGGAGAAAGUCUGUUUUUUUGUUUUUUGAUCAGAUACGAAUUCUAUCUCCAGCGGUUCUUUCGAAUAGGUUGGUGGAAAAUCUAUUUAGAUAUGUUUCGCAUGACUCUUUUUUUUGGGAAUGAAUUUAUUAAUGUUUUAUUUUGAGUAAAUAAGUGAUAAGUAUGAUGUGUGAAUAAGGGCUCCGUUUGUUAGAGGGCUCAUUGUAUUGAAUAAUUGAAUAGUGAAGAUAAGCAGCACUACAAAAAGACAACUAAAGGAGUAAUGAGUUAAGGUUUGCACACUUGGUUUCUUUAUCCAAGUAUUACUUUUGUUUUUGUUCUCUUAGCAAUGCUUAAUAAAAGGUUUUUACAAAAAUGGAGACGGAAGCCCACUACUUACUUAUACCUCGUUACCUAUCGGUUUUGGUUGUUUAUUUUUAUUCACACCCAUGAUAAUAUUUGGGUCCGUUUUUUUGCACUUCCUCAGCUUUCUCUGCAUUCACUUCUAUAAUGUAGUACUUUUCUACUGUUUUCUCCAAACUAUUCUUAUAUAUACAUAUGAGGUCUAGUUUGACAUCUGUUUUUUUUUAGACGGAAGAUCCAUUUUAAAUAAUUCUUAUUGCUGAUGCAUUCCUAGUAAUUAUUUGGUCUGCUACUUUUCAUGCGAGAGUAUACAUAUUAUUAAUAGGCUUCGUAUGCUUGCUAUAGUUAAUGUAGUGCUCGAAACUCGAAUCGAUCCAUCACUUUCAUUGCAAAAAUAUAUAUGCAAUCUUUUCGAGGCUUAAAAGGUUCUAAGCGAACAAAUGUAAUGGCAGGUCUUUGACAAUGUCGGUUUAUUUGAUGAAUGGUCUACACUGUUUAACAUGCCCCGUCUUACCUCAGUUUUUGCUUUUAGUUGUCGUGCUUCAGAUCACCACAGCUGAAAGUAACGGUAUCGUAAUGCCCUUACCCGUCUGAUCCGUCGGCCCAUGAUCAUCCAAUCAAUCACACAAAUGCAGAAGCACAAUUACGGAUAUCUAUUUGAUCUAUGAUUUAUUUGGAUACAUUUCAGUUUUACAUCUUGGUA